AUGGGUGUUGGUAGGCGGGCAGGGGCUGAAGGGGAGCAGGGCUGUGUGCCCUCCUGGAUCCUCGGGCCUGGUGUGCAGGCUGCUGCUGCAGGAUGCUGGCAAGAGGGCAGGACGAGCAGGGGCGGAGCUUCCAGAACAAAGAAUGGGGAGCCCUGGGGGCCCAGGCUGGGCAUCAAAAAGGCUCUGCAGAGGGAACAGGCCACAGCAGUUGCCUCUGCGCCCAGCUCCGUCAGGCAACCCUCUCCUGAUCCCUUCUGCUUGCCCCAGGCUGGGAGCCUAAACGAUACUCUGUUUAGAGAGCCCUUGUUCUCCAGCGUGAUUGCGCCGGUGCUGCUCUGUGGUUUUCUCUACUUGGCGUGGGCUGCUGCCACGGUUCCAGAGGAGAUCAGAGGGAUGGCCGGGAGCGGAGCCAGGAGCCAGGAGGGCCGUCGGGAGCGUGCCUUCAUCCCAGAGCCUUUUGAUGGAGCCAGUGUAGCCCCCCACCUCUGGCUGCACCGCUUUGAGGUCAUCAGUGACCUCAACCAUUGGGACCAAGCCACCCAGCUAAGGUUCCUAAAAGAGUCCCUCAGGGGAGAUGCCCGGAAGGCUUAUGAUGGGCUCAGUCCCAAGGACCAGGGAAACUAUAGCGUGGUGAAAGAGAUCCUGCUGAAGACCUUUGGGGGGCCCGGAGCUGCCCACAGCCACCUGCCCAAGGAGAUCCUCUUUGCCAACAGCAUGGGUAAGGGCUACUACCUCAAGGGAAAAAUUGGCAAAGUGCCUGUGAGGUUCCUGGUGGACUCCGGGGCCCAGGUGUCCGUGGUCCACCCGAGCCUGUGGGAGGAGGUCACUGAUGGUGACUUGGACACUCUUCGGCCCUUUGAGAAUGUGGUAAAAGUGGCCAAUGGGGCAGAAAUGAAGAUCCUGGGUGUCUGGGAUACCGCGGUGUCGCUGGGCAAAAUGAAGCUCAAGGCACAGUUCCUAGUGGCUAACGCCAGUGCUGAGGAAGCCAUCAUUGGCACCGACGUGCUCCAGGACCACAACGCCGUCCUGGACUUUGAGCAUCGCACCUGCACCCUGAAAGGGAAGAAGUUCCGCCUUCUGCCUGUUGGAGGGUCCCUGGAAGAUGAGUUUGACCUGGAGCUCAUAGAGGAGGAACCCUCGGAGGAGGGACGGCAGCAGCUCUCCUGUUAAAAAGCCCCCAUUUCCUUGCCCCCA